AAGAUGGUGUUAGCACAAUUAGGGGGGAGCAUCUCGCGUGCUCUCCAGCAGAUGAGCAAUGCCACAAUCAUUGAUGAAAAGGUCCUCAACGAAUGCCUCAAUGAAAUCACACGUGCUCUUCUUCAGGCCGAUGUUCAAUUCAAACUUGUCCGUGAUAUGACAACGAAUAUCAAGAAGAUUGUUAAUCUUGAGGAUCUUGCUGCUGGACAUAACAAGCGUAGGAUCAUCCAACAGGCUGUGUUUAAUGAGCUGUGCAAGAUAUUGGAUCCUGGGAAGCCUGCAUUUACACUGAAAAAGGGGAAACCUAGUGUUGUAAUGUUUGUUGGUUUGCAAGGGUCUGGAAAGACUACAACAUGUACAAAAUAUGCUUAUCACCACCAGAAAAAGGGUUGGAAGCCGGCUCUAGUGUGCGCAGAUACCUUCAGAGCUGGUGCUUUCGAUCAAUUGAAGCAGAAUGCAACUAAAGCCAAAAUUCCUUUUUAUGGAAGCUAUACAGAAUCAGACCCGGUGAAAAUAGCUGUGGACGGUGUGGAAACAUUUAAGAAGGAAAAUUGUGAUCUAAUAAUUGUGGACACCAGUGGGCGCCACAAACAAGAAGCAGCUCUUUUUGAAGAAAUGCGACAAGUUUCUGAAGCAACGAAACCGGAUCUCGUGAUAUUUGUUAUGGAUAGUAGUAUCGGACAAGCUGCUUUUGAUCAAGCUCAAGCAUUUCGACAAAGUGUUGCAGUUGGAGCCGUGAUUAUUACUAAGAUGGAUGGCCAUGCUAAAGGAGGUGGCGCCCUAAGUGCAGUUGCUGCAACUAAAAGUCCGGUCAUAUUUAUUGGAACUGGUGAACACAUGGACGAGUUUGAAGUUUUUGAUGUUAAACCAUUUGUCAGUCGUCUUUUAGGCAUGGGUGACUUGUCUGGAUUGGUGAACAAGAUACAGGAUGUGGUCCCAAUGGAUCAACAGCUUGAGCUUCUUCAGAAGCUAUCCGAAGGACAGUUUACCUUGAGGAUUAUGUACGAGCAAUUUCAGAACAUGCUUAAAAUGGGUCCCCUUGAGCAGGUCUUCUCAAUGCUACCGGGAUUGAGUUCAGAGAUGAUGCCACAAGGUCGUGAAAAGGAAAGUCAGGCAAAAUUUAAACGGUAUAUGACAAUGAUGGACUCCGUGACUGAUGAAGAAUUGGACAGUACCAACCCAAAGAUUAUGACUGAAUCUCGAAUCAUGCGUAUAGCUAGGGGAUCUGGCCGCCUAGUGCAUGAGGUGAUGGAGAUGUUGGAAGAAUACAAACGACUUGCCAAGAUAUUCAGCAAGGUGAAGGGAGACAUGAGCUCCCUGUCCAGAAACAUGAAUGCACAAAACAUGAGCAAAGUCCUUCCCCCUCACAUAUUGAAGCAGAUGGGUGGCAUGGGUGGUUUGCAGAACAUAAUGAAGCAGAUGGGUGGCAUGGGUUCCGCCAAGGACAUGAUGGGUAUGUUUGGUGGUGGAGGAGAGUAAUAACGUGAUCACAAUCAAAGUACACUUUAUGGGUUAAAUGUAAAGGCUAGUUACAUUAUCAAUCUAUAGGUGCUGGAAAAAGCGUAUAACCAGAUCUCUGUCAUUCCCUAUCUUUCAAAUUUUUGGAAUCAGAUGCAUGUGGUGAAUUUAGUUGAUUUAGAAAUGAAACGUGGUAUGAUUUUGCUGGAACAA